CUCCAGCUUGCAGUGUAAUUAGUCCCAGCCUCCUCCUCCUCCUCCUGCUGCUCACUCCCUGACACAGGGACACUCAGCACCACAAUCCCUGCAAUGCUGGAGAGGCAAGCUGGCUCACACUAGCCAUCCCUGGGGCAUCUCCCAUGCUCUGUGCCAUCCCUUGGCAACAAAGGGGGCAGGUUAUGAAGGAAGAAUGGAGUUUCCAGACCAUAGCCGCCAGUUACUGCAGUGUCUGAGUCAGCAGCGUCACCAAGGCUUCCUGUGUGAUUGCACUGUUGUAGUUGGGGACGCUCAGUUCCGAGCCCACAGAGCUGUCCUGGCUUCCUGCAGUAUGUACUUCCAUCUUUUCUACAGAGACCAGCUAGACAAAAGGGAUAUUGUGCAUCUGAACAGUGACAUUGUUACGGCCCCAGCUUUCAGUCUGCUGCUCCAGUUCAUGUACGAGGGGAAACUGGAGUUCAACAACCUCCCAGCUGAAGACGUAUUAGCUGCCGCCAGCUACCUGCACAUGUACGACAUCGUCAAAGUCUGCAAGGGCAAGAUGAAAGAUAAAGAACUUCUCUCAGGUGACAAAAGUGUGGACGAUGGGUCAGAUUUGGAGAAAGAGGAUGGCUUUGUGGAUACUGAUGUGCAUAAAGAACACAUCUCAGACACUGGGAAGAAACAAACAAUUGCUGCUGCGGAGUAUGUGAGACCCAUUUGGAAAGAAAAGGUCACCCCUCUCCCUGCUUGGUCUCCUGAUUUGAUAGGUGUCAAUUCAGUUUCUGCAGAGGCUGUUUCAUGCACAACAACAGCUGGAAAAACAAAAGCUAAUGUCAAUAGUCCGUCAUGCCCUUUGGCCCAGAGAUCUGCUAACCAUACACAGCUUCAGAGCGAAGGGGAUUGUGCUCUCGAUUUGUCAUUCAAGCCUAUGUCUGGGAGAGAUUCCUUACACCCCUCCUACGUCUUUGGACAGCUGGCUUCCGACAGCCAGCAGCAGGGCACUGUGCCACUUGUUAAAGAUGAACAAGACUUGCUGUCAGAGCAGGAGAACAGUGAAGCCAGGAGUCCAAAGAGCCAACACGUUGGGAACUUGGCCAAAAGUCUAGUGGCUGGCUUGGGACACAUGUUUCCUGUGAACGGUAAUUCUCAUGUUAGAGGAGACGACUUGUAUCCAGAACGAGAGGAAAGUGAAGAUGACAUGGACUCAUCAGAAAUUACCACGUCCGGUGUCCUUGUGUCUCCGGGACAUAUCUGUAUUUGUCCUCUCUGUAGCAAAGUGUUCCCAAGUCCGCACGUGUUGCAGCUCCACCUCAGUACACAUUUUAAAGAUCGAGAUGGAUCUCGCAUCAAGAUGUCUCCAGAUGGUUCUGUGCCCACGUGUAACAUAUGUGGCAAAACCUUCUCGUGUAUGUACACCUUAAAACGUCACGAACGGACUCACUCGGGUGAAAAACCUUACACCUGUGGCCAGUGUGGAAAAAGUUUCCAGUAUUCUCAUAAUCUCAGUCGUCAUGCGGUUGUGCACACUAGAGAAAAGCCGCAUGCGUGCAAAUGGUGCGAGAGACGAUUCACCCAAUCAGGUGACCUGUACAGACACAUCCGCAAGUUCCACUGUGGCCUGGUGAAGUCUCUGGUGGUAUAACAGGAAAAUACACUGUUGUAUAGCUGAUAAAUAUGCCCAGGGCACCACCACAAUCUGCUGGACACACACUGUUUCAUUUGCAUCAGAAAUAUUUUAAAAAAUGUAUAUUUUUAAAAAAUAAUAUAUUUUUGUAUAUGCUAAAAAUGCAAUGAAGAAUGUUUAAAUCAAGUUCUGAUAGUGAAUGUUGGUGAUGCAGAUGACGGGAGACAAUUGUUAUUAGGUGACAAUGUUUAAAUCAAGUUCUGAUAGUGAAUGUUGGUGAUGCAGAUGACGGGAGACAAUUGUUAUUAGGUGACAAUGUUUAAUAUCGUAUGUUCUGCAAUUUUUUCAAAUUGCCAAUUUAAAGGGACAUCAUACUCAGUAUUUUCUAUCAUCUAAAUGAAAAGGCAGCAGAUAAACAGGUUAAAAAUAGUUGUGCAUGAAAAAUUAUGAAGUAAAAGCUUUUAAUGGGAAUCCGGAAGUGCAGGUGAUACGUAGGUAUCCGUUGCUUAUUGGCUGAUAAAGAUAUACCCCAUAGAAAAAAAGUUUAUUUGGCAUUUUGAACAUCUGUUUUUCUAAAAAGAAAGCUCUUUAAUACAUUUUUAGAUGGAACAUAGGAAAUGUUUGAGUAUUUUGCCCCUUUAUGUAAAAAAAAGACAAUUUUACAAAAUUAACAGCAAAAAAGUAUUGCAAUGUCAGAUGUCCUAUAUCAUUUGUAGCUUAAAUUGAGCAUGAAACAGGCGUUAACAGCAAACAUGAAACUUUGUGUGCACUCAAAACUACCUAUAUUUAUAUCGUCAUAUUCAUUUCAACACAACUUCCAAUAUGUAAGACGAUUUAAACAUACAAACGUCACCAUUAUCAGUAAAAGUGACCAUUAAUUUAUUAAGGUUGAUGUAGGAAAUUUUCUGUUUCUGCAAUUCCUUAACCCCUUUGCUGCCAGAGGGUGUAUCUGUGUGUUGCAGCACUGUGGCAACUCAGGUGGUUAAAAUAAGGAAACUGUUGACAUAGGAAACAUUUUAUUAUAUUUUUUAUUUCUGCUCCAUACUUCAUUAAACUAAUGAAAUAUGUGGCUUCAGAAAAAAAACCAGUGACCAUCUGUAAAGUUUGUAGUAAGCAUUGACUAUUGCUUUUAUAAUGUGACACUGAGUCCAAUUGUGCUGUUGGAUCAGUAUAAAAUAUACAUCAGUUUUAUUGUGUGAUUGUUUUUUCCCCCUCCUUGUUACUUAACCCCUUGUCUGCCAGCUAGAGCUGCAAUGCAUUGUCUAACUUUCUGCUGCAACCGAGGGGUUAAAUAAUAGUAAGAAAAGAGAAGCGCACAAUACCAUGUUUCAUCUGAAGCAGAUGAGCUGUUUAGUUCUAUUUGAUACUAGUUAGUGUUGCCAACAGCUGUAAAGUCCCUUAACUUGUAUAAAAUCAGACUAAUUAGCUGUCUCUUGUACCUAUUAUUCUAAACGUCCCUAAAUCCCCCUGAUAUUAUAACGUGUGUCUGUUCUCAUAAAAGCUCAUUCCAGUUCUGUACCACAAUGCUUUUUGUAUCUUCAACAACAAUUGUCACAUAUGAUUAGAGUUCCUCCCCUCUCAUUACAAUACUAAUUCAGUCUUUUUGACAAGAACAAGCACUACUGUAUAGAAAAUGACUCUAAAAGUAUUUAAUGGCAUUAAUAAGUCCAGUAUGGAUCAGUAAAGUAAAUUGACUUAACCCCAUGGCUGCUGGAGAGCUGCAGGGCAUGCAUGGUAUCUUGCUGUCUGGUAACCAAGGGGUUAAUCAUAACAAAAAGUUUGUUUUCUAUAAACAAUACUUCACCUACAGAUGUAAUGUGAUUUUCUUUUGCAGACUCCUUCUAUUUAUAACACAAGAGCAGAUUGUUAAAUAUUUUUUGUUGUGGCUGUUACAUUCAGAUUGAACUAUGGUACAGUAUGUACUUAUAUAUAUAUUAUUAUUAUUUUAUUUUUUUGUGAAUGUUUAGUAGCUGGAACACUGAUUCUAUUUAUGGUUAAUUAUAUGAUUUUUGCUGUGAUUGGAAAUAGCACUGAAAAGAUAUUACUAAAAAAAUAAGUUAUUGUGUUUUCUCCUGAUGGUACUUGAUAUAGUAUUUAUUAGUUUUUUAUGUGAAAUAUGAUUUAUAAUUUAGAUUUUUUUUGGUUUGGAUUAUUAUGAUUUUAGUUUUGUGUCUCAUUUAACCCCCUUUCACAUUUACAGAAAAUCUCUGAAAGUGUCUGAAACGGAAAUAGUAUUUUUAUUUUGUUUUCUUUAAUUUAUGUAUACUUUAUAAACCAGAUAAAGUAUAUUGUAAAGCACUGGGAAAUAAAGAUACUUUUUUCCGCUGAUUAAACCUCCAUGGACAAAAAUAAUAUAUAUAUUAGUUUUAAAAUCUUAAAUUUUUGUUUACAGAAAUGUGAAAUGUGCUACUCUCUGUUAACCAGCUUAUGAAACUGUCUUUUUCAGUUAGUUUAACUCCUUUUCUGCCAGAGAGGACUGCAAUAUAUGUUUCUUUAACAGGCAAGGGGUUAAAAGCAAUGCCAUUUGCACUUAAUGUUUAUUUUUGUUAUUUACACUAAUAUCUUUUUACCAUUUGUACACACAUUGCACAUUAGUUAUGUGUAAUAAUACUCUUGGAUUACACUGGAAAUAAAAAGUGCUGUGAAAUUCUACUGCAUCUGGGUUUUGUUAGGGUGACAAUAUUUACAUGGAAAAAACACUAAUUUUUUUUUUUUUCCUGUGUAAAGUUUUUUUUUACUAUAUAAUGUAGAUAAACUGAUGGCUUGGAAUAUAUUUUAUAAGAAAAUAUGUUGCUGUUCUACUGAAAAAACUAGAUUUUUUUUUAUUUUGUAAUGAUUUUUCUUAGAUUGUGUGUGAAGAUAAAUUUGUAUACUCCGGUAUAUUUGUUUAAACUGACAAUCGUGAAUAGGAUUAAUGUCUUAAUAUAUUAUUAUUUUUGUUUUGUUUUUUUGUUACAAAAUAAAACUCAAAUCUGUUAGAAAUCACAAA